UUACCGAUACUGUCAUAUGUCAUUUGGUGAAUCGAUGUGUUUGACAGAUCACUCUAUUUCGUGUUAGUUAGAGCAAAUAUUCGAGAACGACGGAAAAAAAGAGCGACGAAUAAUUAAAUGAGCUAGACAAUUAUGGAAAAAGAGCAGGAAAUUUUGGGCCGGCUACGCCAAGAUAUUAUUGAUAAUAAUUUGCAUGUGAAAGCGAUAAUACAGGACAUAACUGGAUUUCGUGGCACGAUAGAAGAGCUAAAUCAAUUCAAUGAGGCUGGACGUGCAAAAUUGGCAUUGCUACGCAAGAGUAUUGAACGUUUAGAUGAUUAUGUGGCCGAUCUCAAUAAUCCAACGCUAUCAGCCGAAAUUGAUUCACAUCGACAACAAUUUACCAGAACAUUGCAAGCAUUCCGUCGGGCAAACAUUAACACAAUGCUGGAAAUCGAGAAAUUGGAUAAAGCUGAACUAUUUUCGAAUACAAGCGAAGUACGCCAUCGUUCUGUGGGCCAAUCAAAGCAUGCACAAUCGAGUUUGGCCUAUCAACAGGAUAGUGUCACGGAAAAAAUGCUGUCUAUAACACGCCAUUUAUCGGAAACAACCAACAAAAGUGCAGAAACAUUAGAAGCAUUGGUUGCAUCGUCGACCAACGUUGAAGGAACCAAUGAUGAGCUCCAUAAUACAGCCGGUUCCAUUUUACAUUCCAGAAAAUUACUGAAAAAAUACGGACGACGAGAGUGUACCGAUAAGAUAUUAGUUUUCUUUGCAUUCACGCUUUUUAUCGUGGUUGUUUUUUAUAUUGUGCAAAAAAGACUUUUUUAACAUAGCCUUUCUUUUAAGUGUUCAAACAUAUUACAUUUUUUAUUUCUUCUUUUCUUCUUCGAUUUUUUUUUUAAUUUAUUCUGUCCGUUAAAUAUAAAAACUACACUAUAAAUCGAUAUUUGUAGUUUCUUUUUUAGUAGAGGGAAAGAAGAAAAAGAAGAUGAUUAUUGGGUUAUCAUUUCAAAAAAAAAAUACCUAUCUAAUUUUGUGAUAUGCGGUAAAUGUACGUGGUUGAGGAAUGAAAUGUUCAUAGAGAGUAAAAGAAAGUUUGACAUUUUUCGUAUGUUUACCCAAUUAUUGAAAAAAUGAUCGAUGAAAUGAAACGAAAUGAUUUUAUAAUGACAAUGACAAUGGGAAAAGCAUCAUUCAUUUUAUAAAUCAGAAGAAAAGUACACCUGUAAAAGGUUUAGGCUUAGAUAAUAGUGGUUAGGUCAGGGAAAAAUCAGAAGGGUAGCAAAGAAUGACACUUAGCCUUGGUAAAAAAAGUCAAAUCUUAGUCACCGAACACACCUUUUGCUACUUUAUUACAGUCAGUCUUUAAAUUUUAGCCGUGGAUAUAUUCAUUUGCUGAGUUUUCAACGGAUUUUUUUUACAAUUUCUAUUCGCUUCAAACUUAGAUGUGCAAAUGAUUGUAUUUUGUGCCAAAAAUACAUACAACUCAAACACAACCCUCCAAA